UUACAUUUAUUUUUAAUUUUUUGAGACUGAAUUAAUUUUUAUUUUAGAGCGGAUCAAAAGCUCAAUCCAUUAUAAACAUAAAGGUCCAAUCGACUAGGAAUCCGUCACUCCAAAAGGCCUGCAAUGUUGAAUUUCUAGAGCUUCUCUUAUCAUAAGGAUCGGAGGAAGUACUCCCUAACUUCGACGGUUUAUAAAUGCAUUAGAAGGGCAGCGGAUCUGAAGUGAGAUCAACCUAGAGCAUUCUCCAUGGAUCCUUCCUUUCACUAUAAAUAGAUGGUACAAACACGUAAUAGAUAAUGGUACACCUUUUUUAUUCCUAAAACCUUAGCUCCUUCUCAAUUAAACGCCUCGUUUGAUUUGGAGUGCUUACAAAUACAUGUCACUCCCACAUCUGUGGAGAUAAAGGGUUAUCCUAUUUGCUCAAAUAGUCAAGUCCAGUCAUCCUUCUCAAUUCACUUCGAAUCAUGAAUGAUAGACGGUUAAACAACAUGUUUAAAUUAAAGGUGUAAAAUUAACACUAAGUAAGAAUUGUAAAAAAAGAAAAAGAAGAUAGUAUGUACUUAAUUUUUCAAAAACAAUUACUCAAGUUAUGUUCAUUACAAUUAUUAUUUUUUGGUAUAAUGCUUUGCUAAUACUUCGUCAAAAGUUUACUAAGCCCUGUUAUAAAGAAGAAAAAAAGUUUACUAAGUCCUAAAAAAAAAAAAUAGAACGCUUCAUCGAAUAGCGAUCUUUCAACGCACGCGUUUAAAGAGAGCUCUCGCACGUGCUUGCAGUUAACCAAGUAACACGUGUCAACCCCACACCACAAAACUUAGAUACACAUGUAAAAAUGUUAUCUCCCUCUCUCCAAUAUAUAUAUUCUCCAUUUGCACCCACCUUCCAUCUCCAAAACCUUACUCCGAACCUCCAACUCGAAUCUAAUUCCUAACCUAACAUAAACACCGUUACAAUUAUGGGAACGGAAAGUUACACUUACAUGGGACGGAGUUUUAACGAAUUCACCAUCAACGAUGAUUCUACUUCUUCAGCUUUCAGCGACUGUAACAGUGACAGAUCCGGCGAAUUCGCCACCACUUCUUCUCAAUCCAGACGACUCCUUAUUUCCUGUGCUUCCGAAAAUUCAGAUGAUCUUAUCCGUCAACUUGUUUCCGAUCUUCAUUCCGAUUCAAUCGAAGAACAAAAACAAGCCGCCAUGGAAAUUCGGUUACUCGCCAAAAAUAAACCGGAAAAUCGAAUCAGAAUCGCUAAAGCUGGCGCAAUUAAACCUUUAAUUUCACUCGUUUCUUCACAAGACCUUCAACUUCAAGAAUAUGGUGUAACUGCGAUUUUGAAUCUCUCUUUAUGUGACGAGAAUAAAGAGUUAAUAGCUUCUUCAGGAGCGAUUAAGCCACUAGUUAGAGCGUUAAACUCAGGAACUUCAACUGCGAAAGAGAACGCAGCGUGUGCGUUGCUUCGUUUAUCUCAAGUCGAAGAGAACAAAUCAGCUAUUGGAAGAUCUGGUGCCAUUCCGUUAUUAGUGAACCUUCUAGGAAGCGGAGGAAUCCGCGGCAAGAAAGACGCGUCGACGGCGCUGUACACACUGUGUACAGUGAAGGAGAAUAAGAUGAGAGCGGUGAAAGCGGGGAUUAUGAAGGUUUUGGUUGAAUUAAUGGCGGAUUUUGAAUCGAAUAUGGUGGAUAAAUCAGCGUAUGUUGUUAGUGUAUUGGUGUCGGUGCCGGAAGCAAAGACGGCGCUGGUGGAUGAAGGUGGCGUUCCGGUGUUGGUGGAAAUAGUUGAAGUUGGAUCGCAGAGACAGAAAGAAAUCGCGGCGGUUAUUCUGUUACAGCUUUGUGAAGAUAACGUGGCUUAUCGAUCCAUGGUGGCUCGCGAAGGUGCGAUUCCACCUUUGGUUGCUUUGACUCAAUCGGGCACCAAUCGCGCAAAACAAAAGGCUGAGAAACUAAUUGAGCUUCUGAGGCAACCAAGAUCUACACGUACUACAUCAGAAAUUACACAUGAACCCUAGUAAUUAUGGUGCUAGAUGACAAUCCCGCACGUGUGUGUUUAUUUAGGUGUGUAAACAUCUCGGUCAAAAACACAAUGAAUUGGUUCUCCAAGAGAGACAGAAAGAGAGGGAUCAAGUUUGUAAAUAUCUUCUUAACGGAGAAGCUUUGUAAAGUUUGUGGUGUAAAUCAUACGAGUUUGAGAGUUUGGUUUGCUUUUUUGGCCUUUAAAGAAUAAAUAAUGCUACUUUAUAUCCGCAAAAAAGAAAAGAAUAAAAUGCUAUUGGCCUCUUUUUUUUCUUUUUUUAUUA